UUUUUUUUUGCCUCUCUCUCAAUUUGAGACUCUCAAUGAGUUAGAAGAACUCUUUGGGUGUGAGAAGAUCUAAUCAGUUUUUAUUCGUAACCUGAUUGUUGUAGUUGUACAAUGAAUUCCUCUUCUCAAAAUCGUAUUGUCAUCAGGCAGGGAAAAUGUGUUAACGCUGAUUCCAUUUUCGAUGCUGAUAUUUUCAUUGAAGAUGGUUUGAUUAAGCAAAUUGGAACUAAUCUCAUUGUUCCUGGUGGAUGUCGGGUUAUCGAUGCUAAGGGUCACUUUGUUAUUCCUGGUGGUAUUGAUCCACAUACCCAUUUGGAGGGUAGUUUCAUGGGCGCUCAGUCAAUGGAUGAUUUAUGCUGGAACUCGGCUGCCCUUGCCGGUGGAACUACUUGUAUUUUUGACACUCCCCUUGAUACUAAUCUUUCGCCUACCCAAUUGUUUGAAAAGUAUCGUUCGAUUGCUGAUAGUAAAUCUUGUUGUGAUUAUGGUCUUCAUUUGGCAAUCACUAAAUGGAAAGAUGGUUCAACUGAUAAAGAAUUGGAAACUCUGGUUCGACAGAAAGGUGUCAAUUGUUUCAAGGCUUUUAUGGCUUAUAAAGAUACCCUUAUGUUGGAAGAUCAUGAAUUAAUUAAACUUUUUGACUGUUGUAAGAAAAUUGGAGCCGUUCCCAAAGUUCAUGCUGAAAAUGGUCAUCUAAUUGAUUUUCUUGCUAAAAAGCUUCUUCAAAUGGGUGUCAAUGGACCUGAAGGUCAUCUUCAAUCUCGCCCUGAAGAUCUUGAAGCUGAAGCUGUUCAUCGGGCAUCCGUUUUAGCUCAUCAUGUUCAAUGUCCUCUUUACAUUGUUCAUGUAAUGAGUAAAUCGGCAGCUGAAGAAGUUAAUCGAGCGCGAUCUCGUGGUGUACUUGUCAUUGGUGAAACUCUUGCCUCGGCCAUUGGUACUGAUGGAAUCCAUUACUACAAUCGAUGUUGGCAACAUGCUGCCGGUCAUGUAAUGUCACCACCUCUACGACCAGACCGAACCACUCCCGAAGGAUUAGUUAACGCUCUUGCUGCCGGAGUUCUUGAUGUUGUUGGAUCAGAUCACAUUGUCUUCUGCACAACAAAGGCAAUGGGUAAAGAUAAUUUUACUAAGAUUCCCAAUGGUGUCAAUGGAAUUGAGGAGCGAUUAAUGGUUGUUUGGGAGAAAGGAGUUCGAACCGGUAAAAUGGAUCCAACUCGAUUUGUUGCCGUAACAAGUGCAAAUGCAGCUAAAAUUUUCAAUAUUUAUCCACGAAAGGGUAGAAUCGCUGUUGGUUCGGAUGCUGAUAUUGUUAUUUGGGGUAAAAAGCCACGAGUCAUCAAAGCAGAAACUCAUCAAUCACGAGUGGACUUUAACGUGUUUGAAGGUUUACAGGUUGAAUUUGGCCCAAUUGUGGUCAUCUCACAAGGUGUGGUAGCUCUUGAUGAAGAUGGAUCGAUUCAUGUUUCGCAAGGAAAGGGACGAUAUGUUGAAUGUCCACUCCCCACAAUACUUUAUGAAAGAAUGCGUAACCGAGAGCGUAAUAUGGGACCAGUUAAGGUUGACCGAUCUGAGCGACCUGAAACCCUUAGACCAGCCGGUCAAGCAAACGUAUCCAAUAGCAGCAAUUUAACCAGUAACAAUGGAGCAACAGCAAACCCCAGCAGCAUAAAACUUAAUCCAAUCAGCAUCGAGCCACCGGUCAUCUCAACCAAAUCGAAUGACUUUGAAACCAUUCCCACAACCGGACCUCCUUCACCUGCCCUAUCAACCGCAAGCUCUGGAGCUUCAGGCAUGAAUUUCCAUUCGUCUAGAACUCGAAGUGGAGUUCGCAAUCAACAAGAUUCAAGUUUCAAGUUCACGGGUGAACAAUUUGAUGACUCAGCUAAAAGAACAGCCAUUAGAGUUCACAAUCCACCCGGUGGACGUUCAAGUGGAAUCUUCUAAACCAAAGGAUAACUUUAUCAUUCAUCUUUAUAAUUUUUAAACCUUGGUCUCUAAUUGGAGGCAAUUAACACCAAAAAAAAAUUCUUUCAAAAUCAAAAAACCAAUUGAUCUUUAACCAAUUUUAAAUGUUACUCUUUUUUUGUCUUUAGAACAAAAAAAAAGUUCAACCAAGUUAAUAUUUCCCUUUCUAAUUCCUUUGUUCUCUCAAAGUCUAAAAUCUUAUUCAACUUAAUUCGCAUUAAAAUCAUGUUUGAUUAUUACACAAAA